GAUAUUGCUGAUAAAAAACCAAAGAGCCGUUGGAGACGUGUCUGUAGUUUUAAAUUUAUUUUAAAUAGGUCUCCAUUUGGGAAAUAUAAAGCCAUGAAACAGAAGAUGGAAAUCAUUGAAGUGGAGAGGCGUAUACCACACGGCGUCACCACGGUGGAGGAUGCUUUAACUGUUGCAGGUUUUGGCAAGUACAAUAUCGGGUUACUGUUGCUAUGCAGUUGGACUCUUCAAGCGAUGGGAAUGGACUUGUUUGGGACCACUUUCGUGGUGGCAGCGGCCAUCUGUGACCUUCAGAUCAACUUGCAAGAAAGAGCAUUGCUUAGUGCAAUGCCUUUAGUAGGGGUAGUUGUCGGAGCCCAGCUUUGGGGUUACAUCUCAGAUACCAAAGGGCGGAAACUCACGCUGAUGCUGUCAAUGUCAGUGGGCUUCGUGUUCGGAGCCGCCAGCAGUUUCGCAGCAGACUGGCGCGUCAUGGCUGUUCUUAAACUGAUCUCUUCUACAUUUACAUCUGCCAGCAAUUCAGCUGCGUACGCGCUGCUGGGAGAGAGCUGUCCAUCGCGUAUGCGUGGGCGCGCCAUGUUGCUGGGCACCAUCGCUCUAAUGUGCGCACAGGGAACUGUUGCAGCCUUCGCCUACCCAAUUCUUCCCAUGGACUUCUCCUACCACAUCGGCUUCCUUGGCAUCAACUACAGAUCUUGGCGACUCCUAGGCCUCGUGAUUUCCUUGCCUUGUGCAGCCACCGCUGUUCUGUUGACCUUGGUCUAUGAGAGCCCGAAGUUUCUGGCAGCCCAAGGACGGUAUGAUGAAGCUUUAAAAGUCUUGAAGAAUAUCUACAGGAUCAACGCGGGGAAGAUUGAUGGUGAUUUUCCCAUUAAGAAACUUCACGAAGAUAAGGAUAAUGAAUGCGUCAACAGAAAGGAAUCUCUACUAGUGUCGAUGUGGAAACAAACAGUGCCUCUGUUCCAGCGGCCACUGCUCUUCAGAACGCUACAUCUUUUCUCUUUGGUCAUCAUUAUCUAUGUAACUGGCAGUGGCUUCAUCCUCUGGUUACCUUACAUCAUGAACAGCCUGUUCACCGUGCUGGAGACUGGAGCUAGCAGCGGCAUGAACUUGUGUGACGUCAUUGAGUAUUCCGUCGGCGACCAGAGCUCUAAUGUCAAUGGCACUCUAACAGAAGUCUGCAAUGACACAAUCCAGCCUUUGACCCUCAUCUCUGCCGUCUGCUACGGAGCCCUGGCUAGCACUAGUACCUUGAUCAUGUCCCUGACCUGUGGAUCUAGAAAGCGAAUCGGCAUCAUCUGCAUCCUGACGUUUUCCGCCACUGCUGCCAUCCUGAUGAAUAUAGUCCAUGUCCCUUUGGCUGGCGGAGUUUUCUUUUGCUUCUUCUUGGUCGUAGCUGUAUCUAUGGGCAUUCUGAGCGUGUAUUUUGUGGAGCUGUACCCUACUUCUGUGACAGGCACAGUAUCCUGUCUCUCAGUGAUGGUGGGACGAUCUUGUGCCUUCUUCGGGGCCAAUGCAAUUGGAGCGUUCAUCUCUCACGACUGUGAAGCCACUUUUUAUGGAUGGGCUGUUCUGCUUUUGUGUGCAGCAGCUAUCGCGUGGUUUUUACCGAAGGAUAAAAUGAACGCGAAAUGAAGACGGUUAAGUUCCUGAUUUUAAUAACACCCUGUACAUACUUAUAUAGUCAAGACUGGAGACUGACACAGUAAUAAUUUAGUAAUUAACUGAAUGAAAUAUUAUUACUCACAUUGAAAAUUUUGGAAUAUGAAAUUGGUGUUGGAGUUCCCAAUCUUAAGUAGAGGUACUCUCUGUUUACCUUUUGAAUUUUUAUACCAAGAAAGUUCUAGAUAUGUGAUGGACUGGCAACCUGUCACUAUCUGAAUCUCAAUGCCAUCAAUACGCCGUCUACUACCUAACAAGGGAUAAAGAUUUUACCGUUACAAUUAACAUUAAUACAUAUACCAUUGAUAUGUAUAAUUAUUAAUUCUUAACUAUUAAUGUAAAAAUGUCAGUCGAUCAUAAUAAUCGAUCACAGAAACAUUUGUCAACAUUGGAUGGAUUCAGUGUUUCAAAACAUCACCCAAUCCAGGAUUCACGGUCAAAGGCAUACCCCGGAAUCCACCCGAGAUUGGUGUGGAUGCAACCGGGUCUAAAGCCAGUAGGAAGAAGGACUAUUUCAAAAGUAUGAAAUGUAGUUUUUAUAUCUAAAAAUUGACUCUAGAGGGUUAAAAUAUGUACAUAGUUGAAUAUAAUAUUUAUGUGGGUUUUUAGUGUUUGGUUCCCGGCACCAAUAGAAAAAACUCCGUCUCUUUACCAUGGAUGUCGUAAAAGGCGACUAAAGAAUAGACAUAUAAACUUAAGAUUCUUCUUUCAGUCGAUGGGCUAGCAGCCUAUCAAUAUUUGAAUUCCAAUUGUAUCAUUAAGUCAAAUAGCUGUUGACUCUAUCUACACCGCAAGGGAUAUAGACGCGAUUUUAUGUAUGUAUGUAAGUAUGUUUUAAGUGUGUUCCUCACUUACAUUAUUAGAUUUUAAGGGAUGUGUUAUUAUGAAUGUGUGUUACGCUUAUAAUAAUAAGUUGAAAUUGUUUAGUGCUGUACCUGAAGUAUAUAAUUUAUUACUCUCAAAUUAAGUAGAUAAUAAGUAAAUUUAAAAUAUUAAACGAGUGAAAUCAAUGAAA